AACAGUUCUCAGCUGGUUGAUAUUUAUAGUUAACCUCAUAAUUAAAUACAAUAAAUCCAUUAAGUGUCCAGAAUAUGGUGACACAUCUUUUAUAAAUUGUAAUUAUUUUUAUAUCAAUGUCAAAAUCUAGAAAGGCCAAAAGUAACUCUAAUUGUUUAAAAAAAUGAAGUUAUUGUAAUUCAAGACAGAGACUUUAAGUGUUCGCAAUGGAAUUUUGGUUAUUUUGAAACGAAUUCUGAAAUUAAUAGUGCAAUGGAUAUUGAAACGAUUGUGGGAAUCGAUUCUAAGAAGGAACUGCACGAAGAGUUUGUUCGGAAUAUGAACGGAACGACAAUAUCUGAAGUGUACGUAUUGACUUUACCGUUUCAUGUGUACACUAUAGUAGUAGCUCUCGCCGGAGUCCUGUUCGGCAGAUUUCACCUCAUAUGCGACAGUUCGGACGACCCUCCGUGCAAAUGUCACAGAGUCCCGGCCAACAAACUAAACAUCUUCGUCAAGGAAAUGCUCUGUUUGGCAUUGCCACUGUUGUUAACGUCUACAAUACUGUCAGAGAGACCGGUGUCUACUCCUCUUGUACUGGUUCUGGCAGUUAUUGUCGCUUCCGUCGUCGGGAACAUUAUGAGAGUCAACACGGUAUCGUGCGUUUUCCACUGGCAGUACGACGACUAUCCGAGACUGGUCUUAAACCCGUACCGUCGUUCUUUUGUGACUUGUUGCCGUUCCAUGUGCAGCAUCUGUGCAAUGAUCACGAUGCUGGCAGUGGACUUCCACGUAUUUCCGAGAAAAUUCGCAAAAACAGCCACUUACGGUUACUCGUUCAUGGACGCCGGCGUGGGUUUGUUUGUGCUGUCAAAUGCUGUCGUCGAAAGCGCCGAUGGUAUACGAUCAGGACUCAAAAGGACUUUUCAAACCUCCUCGGCGUUGUUUUCGUUUGGGGUCAUCAGGUAUUACGCCAUCGAACAGUUCAACUACCAGAAUCCUGUCGGAGAAUACGGAGUCCACUGGAAUUUCUUCUUUACUCUUGCAGUCGUCAAAAUAUUCUGUUACUGCAUUUUAAGAUUUGGGAAUUUCUCGGAUAAUAUCUUUAUAUACAUUGUUGAGAUUUCUCUGAUGCAGUUGGUGUUUUGGGGUGUUGACCUCGAGAGUUACGUCCUGAGUGAUUCGCCUAGGACAGACUGGGUCGACGCGAACCGUGAAGGACUCUUCUCCCUGAUGGGAUUCACCAGCCUCUACCUCUUCGGAGUGUAUUUGAACAAGAUACUGAUGAAGACCUCGGGAUCGAUCACAAGCGACUGUAGAAUGUUGGGUGAGCUGUUGUUCUACAGCGCCGUUACAUUAGUAGUGACUUUGAAUAUUCAUGAAGUGAUGCCUGCCUCCCGUAGAGCGGCCAAUCUUACUUAUGUCACGUGGAUUAUGUCACUCGCUAUGUUACAGUUUACUGCCGCCCUCGCAGUUGAGAUCUUUCUUGUCGGGCUGCUGUUUGGAAACAAACGGAACAAAUACUGUCUGACGACACCUUUCAUAUACGAAAGCAUCAACUACAACAGAAUGACUUUCUUCCUACUUUCAAACCUUCUCACCGGAUUGAUCAACAUUAUGUUUGACACUUUGGAAAUGAACGCUUUCGAGAGUCUUGUGGUGCUAAUCGCUUACGUCAUAGUGAAUUGUGGAGUACUAUUCUAUUUUUAUGUCAAAAGAAUUAAAUUAAAGUUCUAUUAAAGUA